AUUCUUUUAUUUUCUUUAAUCUGCAAGUUUUUCAAUUGUUGGAGGUUUUGAUGUUAAUAUUUUGAUAAAGUUUGUUUUUCAAGAUUGGAAAUUCGGGUUUUUACUUUUUGUGAGUUUGAAGAAUUUUGAUGCUAUUAAAAAAUUUUCAGACAAAUUUUUUGAUUUGCAUCAAGUUCUUAUGGGUACAUCCUUGGAAACAAAGUGAAAGAAACAAAACCUGAUAUCUGGUUGUUCUAAUGAACGGUUUGGUGAAAAUGGACAAGAAUUUGAUGGACAAAGUUAGUGCCUUUGGUGAACGCCUCAAGACUGAAGGAGUUGAGGUGGGCAGAAAGGUGAGUGCUGGCAUGAGCUCAAUGAGCUUUAAGGUAAAGGAGCUGUUCCAAGGCCCGAACCCAGCUGAUAAGCUUGUUGAGGAGGCUACCUCAGAGGCCCUUGAUGAGCCUGAUUGGGCCUUGAAUCUUGAUAUCUGCGACAUGAUCAACCAUGAAAAAGUUAGCAGUGUUGAAUUGAUCCGUGGCAUAAAGCGGAGGAUAGUGUUGAAGAGCCCUAGGGUUCAGUACUUGUCCUUGGUGUUGCUUGAAACUUGUGUCAAGAAUUGUGAGAAAGCAUUCUCGGAGGUGGCAGCUGAGAGGGUUCUUGAUGAGAUGGUUAAACUCAUUGAUGAUCCUCAGACUGUUGUUAAUAAUCGGAACAAAGCUUUGAUGCUUAUUGAAGCUUGGGGGGAGUCAACCAGUGAGCUCCGCUAUUUGCCCGUUUAUGAAGAAUCUUACAAGAGUUUAAAAUCAAGGGGUAUUCGCUUUCCUGGUCGUGACAAUGAGAGUCUGGCUCCUAUUUUUACCCCACCUCGUUCAGUUUCAGUUUCAGAAGUGGAUGCUAGUCUUGCACAGCAGCUUCAACAUGACAUGCAAUUUCAGCAUGAUCUUCCUGUCCAAAGCUUUACCCCUGAACAAACAAAGGAAGCAUUUGACGUGGCAAGAAACAGCAUUGAGCUUCUUUCAACUGUGUUAUCCUCAUCACCCGAACAAGAUGCUCUUGAGCAGGAUGACUUGACAACUACGCUUGUCCAGCAAUGUCGACGGUCCCAAUCCACUGUUCUAAGAAUUAUUGAGACUGCUGGAGAUAACGAGGCCCUGCUUUUUGAAGCUUUGAAUGUGAAUGAUGAGAUCCAGAAAGCUCUCUCAAAGUAUGAAGAGUUAAAGAAACCAUCAGAAGUUCCUCGGGAGCCAGAACCUGCCAUGAUUCCUGUGGCUGUUGAGCCUGAUGAUUCACCCCAUCAUGCAAAAGAAGACGCCUUGAUUAGAAAACCAGCAGGUACCCGACAUGGCAGUCAUGGAGGAAGCAACGACGACAUGAUGGAUGAUCUCGAUGAAAUGAUUUUUGGUAAAAAAGGCGGGGGUUCGUCUGAAGGGGGACAAGAUUCAAAGAAGCAGCAAGCACCAAAAGAUGAUCUAAUCACAUUCUGAGUGAUACUCAACACCAUUCCAUAAAUUUAGGAUAGAAAACAAAAGUUUGGAAUUAAAAACUCUCGACAGGAUUGCGGACUUUCUCUUUCACACACUACCAAUGGUUGUUCCUGCAAAUUAUGUGCAUGUAUGAAUUCAAGUUUGGAUUUGUUUACUGAAUUAUUUGAUGAGUAUACAUAUGAGGAUUGUUAUGAGCAGAAUAAAUCUGUAUGGCUCUCGGUAUCAUAUUUAUGGUUUGAUGACA